AUGGCCAAUGUUGUCAAAUAUCUUGGGACAAGGGUGCUAAAGAUCUUGGGACCCUCAACCCAAGAUCUUGAGCCUCAGGUGAAAGAUCAGCACUCAAGGCUGCUAACUGGCAUCAAAUUUGCCCCACCCAUUCCUGCACCACCAGAGUCCACAGGAAUUGGACCAGAAUCCACAGGAAUCCACCAGAAUGGGACCAGAAUAGAACUGGAAUCAAAGAUCCAACAUACAUUUACACCAAUACACACUUCUGCAUACUUAUUGAGGUCUUAUCAGUGCCAGAUAUAUUUGGAGUCCAUUCCAUGUGACAUUGGACAACAAAAUAUAUUUAGUAUUCAUAGAGUUUGCAAGACUAAUAAGCACAAAGAACUCAUCACAUUGGCAUCAACAUGUAAAUCAGUCUGUGUGUCAGCCUUGGACAUGCUAUGGAGAGACAUUACAACAUUGAGGCACUUUUUCCUGAUCAUUCCAGGAUGCACUGGAUGUGACCAAAAACUGUACCUGCCUUCCAACCCAGACUGGUCCAAGUUCAAUCAGGUGGCAGGGAGGGUCAAAACGCUCAACAUCAGGGAGAAUUUUUAUAGUCCAAACAAUGCACAAUCAGACUUGUCUGCCUACAAAGCUUUCGCAAAGACGUUUGGAGGCUCACCUCUGCUACCGCAGCUGCACUGUCUUACAUAUACCACACUCAGUACUGAGCAAGAUGUAUCUGCAGAGUUGGAGAGCCUGAUAACAGGGUGCUUGAACAAAAUGGAGUUCAAAGCUGAAGAAACGCUCAGCGAUAUGAUUCUGGAGCGUUUGGAGUCAACUUGUACCGAGAUAAAGGUACUCAGAUGGAAUAGGCCAUGGUGUUCACCAUAUCUGCCACAUGCUCUGUCAAGACUUCCAUCUCUGGGCAGAUUGGAGUUGAUUCGGAUCAUCCUUGGCAGCGAAAGCAUUGGCAUUCUCUCGACCUUGUCCUCACUUUCUCAUCUCAGUAUCAUUUUCUUCACCAACAAGUAUCAAAGCAUCAAGUCUUACAAAAGUACCAACCAGAUUCUCCCCAAUCUGGAAACUCUGGAGAUCUACAGAGAACUGGGGGAUGUUUCCCACUUCAUUUCUUACUUGAAUGUGAUGUGUUUGAUCUCCCUGGGGGUUACCAUCCCGUGGGUGACACCAAGGGGCUCAUACCCAUGGUCAUCCAUCGGCAAUGCCAUUUCCUCGUUAAAGACACUCUCCCUUAUGGCUUGUGGCUCAGAUGACCAAGACCAUGUUGACAUUGAAAGGUUGUUGGAGCCUUUUGGCAGUGCCACCACAAUCACCAAGCUGUCAAUGAGGUUUAUUUGCUGGAUGGAGGGAAACACACUUGACACACAUCUUUCAAAACUCUUGACCAACUAUCCACUUUUGGAGAGCCUGGAAAUCAUGUUCCAAGUGGAGUACUCUAAUUAUCAGGAUAUGGUGUCGCUGAAAGUGGUGUGCAAUGCAGUGAAAAGUUGCCCCAAGCUGAGGAGGAUCAGAUUCAUCGGCAACAUCAACCCGACCCUUCUAGAUGGUCUUGUAAUGGAUUCGUUCGCGAACCUGGAGGAACUGGAUUUGGGCAAAUCGAGGGCAAUGGAUGAGCAUGGCAGACAGGUGGAGUUGGAUAGAGAAAUGUUGGAAAUUGUUGUUCAGAGGCUUGUGCCAGUGCCUUGA